UCCGCUCUCUCCCUCUUUCAACACCGCCCACUCCUCCCCGGCCAUUGAUCCGAGCAGGCGCUCAAUCGCCUCCCCACCGGCUUAUUCGCCCCAUUGCAUCGCGCACCGCGCUCGCUUUUUUUCCUGCAUUUCAUUGCUUUUUAUUUCACAUUCGUUUUUCCCCAGUCAGGACGGCCGUCACCCGUUUCGGAACCAAAAAAAAAAAUAAGCCCCUGCGCUGACCCCCCCUAAAAUCCCCAGCUCCUCAUCACCAUGGCGAGCACCGAGGACAAACCGACCAACAAGGAGAACGCUUCCAGCUGGAAGGACUCCUUCUACAACCCGAGGACCGGGGAGGUGCUGGGGCGCACGGCCAGCAGCUGGGCCCUCAUCCUGCUCUUCUACUUGGUUUUCUACUGCUUUCUGGCCGGUAUGUUCGCCCUGACCAUGUGGGUGCUGCUGCUCACCCUGGAUGACUACGUGCCGAGGUACAGAGACCGCGUUCCCAACCCAGGAUUGGUGAUCCGCCCUAAUACGCUGGACAUUGUAUAUAACAAAUCAGACCCCGUGGUGUACGGAGAGUAUGUCAAACACCUGGAGACCUUUCUUCAAAGAUAUAAUGACUCUCAGCAGGAGAACAACAAGGACUGCAUUCCAGGAGAGUAUUACAUGCAGGACGAUAAUGAGGACAUGAACAAGAAAGCCUGUCGCUUCAAGAGGGCCUCGCUGAGCCUCUGCUCUGGCCUCUCCGACACCACCUUUGGAUAUCAUGAAGGCAAACCCUGCGUGCUUCUGAAAAUGAACAGGAUCAUCGGGCUGAAGCCGAACGGGGAUCCAUACAUCAACUGCACAGUAAAAAGAGACAACCCAGUCCAAAUGCAUUAUUUCCCCAGUGAGGGGCGCAUUGAUAAAAUGUAUUUCCCCUACUAUGGCAGGAAGGCUCAUGAGAAUUACGUGCAGCCCCUGGUGGCCGUGAAGCUCCUGCUCACCAAGGAGGACUACAACAAGGAGCUGUCGGUGGAGUGCCGGGUGGAGGGCUCCGACCUCCGCAACAACGACGAGAGGGACAAGUUCCUGGGCCGCGUCACCUUCAGGAUCAAGGUUAUGGAGUAAACAGCGAAGCUGCCAGCAAUAGGAAAACCAGAUAACGCUGCCCACAUUUGCUGAGGUUUUUCUGUUUUUAACGUUUUUAAAAAUUUGCGGAGGGAAGUGUCAAGUAAGUCACAAAGGCGGGCGAACACAAUGUCGAGCAGAAGGGGUCACGGUAGGCUUGCAAUAGGAGAGAAACCAGUUAAACGUGGAUUUCAGACAUUGCUUUGGUGACAUUUUGACCCUUCUUUCCCUCGUGAUUCCUCGACCCCCUUUAAGAUCCCUAGAACAAAAUACAGGCUUAGUCCCUGACCUAUCCUCCCUAACGUUCACCUGUUGCACUGUUUAUUCUUUACUCAGUUAUUAUUGUUAUAAUUGCUAUAUCAUUAUUUUUGUUUGUUUGUCUGUUUUAGUAUUGACGUGAUUUGAUAACUUAUAGCCAUUUCAGCCAAGCUGUUUGGAGCUGUUUGUGUAAUUGCUGGUACUUUUAUUUAAUCUUUUUUUCUUUUUUUUUGUUUCGUAAAAAAUUCUGCUUUUAGGAUGAGUGUGUUGUUUUCAUCUCUCAAACCGUAUGAGGGACAGUAUUAUUACUGGUGCUGCAAGGGGUUUUUAUCUUUCUGUGUAGUAGAGUUGAGAAAGUAGGACAUCUCCAGAGUAUUCUCAUCACACAUCACAAAGACUUCAUAGAGGAACAUAUCUCGAUAAUCAAGUAUAGCCACUGUAUCCCUGUAUAUGAAAUGCCAAUUACAAAGUCCCCCUUCGACUAUAAAUACUUUGUGAACCUUACCAUAUUUAAAGAAUUAUAGAUAGAUCUUAGUGUUGUGGCCUGUGGAGCCACAACCGAGUCUUGUGCUGUCUGUCUGUCGGUCUGCAUGUCUGUCUGUUUGUCCGUCUUCCUGUCUACCCACCUCCCGACUGCAAUAGCCAACAUGUGGGCGAGCCCUCCAGGGCUCGUCAAGUUGCCUCGCUGCGCUUUAAAGGCGGCCAAGGUGACACACACUCACAGAAGGUACGGUGUAUAAAAAUUGCUUUCAUGGCAGAGGGGCGCUGGAGAAGCUUAGCGAAAAUAAAAAGAUAUCUGUAACUAUGUACGGUAUAUCAUAGCGUGAACUGUAUAUUUAUCUGAGUCUCAAAGAUUGUUUGUUAGUUUUCUCUCUUCUUCAGCCUGUUCUGAUUGUCUGCCAAUCUAUUACUCUUCAAUGUACAUUAUAUAUGUAUAUAUAUACACAUAUAUACGUAUAUAUGUACAUAUAUACAUAUAUAUAUACACACACGCACACACAUAUAUAUAUCUAUAUAUAUAUAUAGAUAUAUAGAUAUAUAUAUAUAUCUAUAUAUAUAUAUCAUAUUUACUUAAUUCACACUGUAUUUUUGUCACAAUACACAAUGUCUGUGCACUGUAAAGAAAUAAUUUAAGCAAAGAUUUACAGGAAAUUAUCUUAUUCAAAGCUAUGUUUACACAGUCUUAAAAGCAACCCACAUUUGAAAGAACAACUUGUAACAUCUCUUCUGGGUGCCUUAAGACCUGAUUAAAUAAAUUGUGAAAUAAAAGUGAUUUUGAAGAAAA